AUGGAGUUGGAGCGGCUCGAUGCCACCCCCGCCGCCCGGUCCGAGCGGUCCAAAUGGCUCCUCAGCUCCCCCGACCCCCCGUCCGCCUGGAGGCAGCUUUUCACCUCAGUAAAAAAGACCGUUUUGCCCCCGGCCGAGACAAAGCAGCCACAGCCAAGCCGAGCCCUCUUUUUGCUGCACGGACUCUUCCCAAUCCUCCGGUGGGGAAAGACCUACAAGUUGGCCAAGUUCAAGAGUGACUUGCUGGCCGGCCUUACUCUUGCCAGCCUCUGCAUUCCUCAGAGCAUUGGGUACGCUAAUCUUGCGAAACUUGAUCCUCAGUAUGGCCUUUACACGAGUGUGGUGCCGCCGUUGAUAUACGCUGUGAUGGGGAGCUCGAGAGAGAUAGCCAUAGGCCCCGUGGCCGUGGUCUCGCUGCUGCUCUCCGCCAUGGUUUCGAGGCUCGUCGACCCCUCGGAGGACCCCUCGGCCUACCGUCGAGUGGUGUUCACAGUCACCUUCUUUGCCGGCACUUUUCAGGCGCUGUUCGGGUUGUUCAGGUUGGGAUUUCUGGUGGAUUUUCUGUCGCAUGCGGCGAUAAUCGGGUUCAUGGGCGGGGCGGCCAUUGUGAUCGGGCUGCAGCAGCUGAAGGGGUUGCUUGGGAUUACACAUUUCACUUCCAAAACCGAUGUGGUAUCUGUGCUGUCUGCUGUGGUCGAGGCGCUUCGACAUCAGUGGAACCCAGUGAACUUUGUUCUUGGCUGCUCUUUCCUAAUUUUCAUCCUUGUUGCCCGAUUUAUCGGUCAGAAGAAGAGGAAGUUGUUCUGGGUGCCAGCCAUGGCCCCUCUCUUGUCAGUCAUAUUGUCCACUUUGAUAGUGUACCUCAGCAAAGGUGAUAGCCAUGGCAUCAAAAUUGUGAAACACUUCAAAGGAGGGCUAAAUCCAAGUUCACUUCAUGAGUUAGAGUUUGGAGGUCCUCAUCUUGGGCCCUCAGCCAAAAUUGGAUUCAUCUGUGCACUCAUAGCCCUCACUGAAGCCAUUGCUGUUGGGAGAUCAUUUGCAUCCAUAAAAGGAUACCAUUUGGAUGGAAACAAAGAAAUGGUUGCCAUCGGAUUUAUGAACAUUGUUGGCUCUUUAACCUCAUGCUACACAGCAACCGGCUCAUUCUCAAGAACAGCAGUCAAUUAUAGCGCGGGCUGUGAGACAGUAAUAUCAAACAUUGUGAUGGCAAUCACAGUCCUAAUAUGCCUACUCUUUUUCACCAAGCUAUUUUACUACACACCACUUGCUAUCCUUGCCUCCAUUAUCUUGUCCGCCUUGCCUGGACUCAUCGACCUAAACGAAGCCUACAAGAUAUGGAAAGUCGACAAGCUCGACUUUUUGGUCUGUCUGGGUGCCUUCUUCGGGGUUCUGUUUGGUUCGGUCGAAAUCGGCUUGCUAGUUGCGGUGGCUAUAUCAUUUGCAAAGGUCAUAAUGAGCUCCAUAAAACCGAGUAUAGAAAUUGUAGGAAGAAUUCCAGGGACUGACUUAUUCUGCAACACAUUGCAAUAUCCUGUGGCUAUCAAAAUCCAUGGCUUCUUAAUUGCACGCAUCAACUCUGGGACUCUUUGCUUUGCCAAUGCCAGCUUCAUCCGAGAAAGGAUUCUGAGGUCCGUGAAAGAGGAAUGUAACCUGAAAGAAAGUACUAAAGGGCGACUUUAUGUCUUGGUUCUCGACAUGACUAAUGUGACGAACAUCGACAGUUCUGGAAUUCAUGCACUCGAAGAACUACAUCAAAAUAUCACCGCGCAAGGCAUAGAA